AUGGCGACAGUCGUGGUACAGCAACAACAACAGACACUGCGGCACGCAACCCCCCCACCCACGGGGAUUUCGCCAGCACUGAGUCUGAACAGAAACCCUUCGCCGAUUCCAAACAAACAUCUGCCUAUCUGUCCGGCUGGUCCUACCCCAGUCAUAUCUCAAAAUGCAUCCCCGUUUCACAAGGAGGAAGUUACAGACCAUACAUCUUCCCUUCUAUAUCCACCAGAUAACUAUAAACAGCUGUCGAGCUCACCUGCGGUGUAUUCGAUAGAUGCAGUGGGUUUAGAAUCAGCCCUGGACCAUUGGGCUUCCCAGCCGCUCCCAGACCCUAGCAAAGUCUUCCCAUGGCUACACGGACUCCAUCCCGAGAACCAUCUACAGUUGGGGUUUUUCACAAACCGAAAACGCUCUCUUCGUCGGAUCCCCAGAGUUUGGCGCGGCAUCACUAUUAUCAAAGUUGGCGGGGAUCUAAUUAGCGGGAGGCUGAAAGGAGCAGUAUCUCUGGACGAGGUCAUUGCCCCAUCAACUACAGAAUUCCUUGCGGUCGAUCCUCGGGAAGGGUUCUCUGUGCGCAACUUUCAGAUUCAGACUGCGAAAUUAGCUCCGCUGUCCGACAUUGUCAUCUAUGGAGAGGAUGGCGUUAACCGAAAACAACUACUAGACGUGGCAGGAAGAGUCGCAGCUGCACAACAUCGUUGGAGAGCUAAGAAUGAUCUGGAACAGGUUUUACCGGUCUAUAAUACAUUUAUCCUCUCAUCUACUUUUUCCGAAGUCGAGCAACGUGCCCCGAGCAUCGUUGCCAUUAACGCCCGCGGACAACUCACUGGCCAAACUAUGGAUUUCUUUCAAUGGGAACGGUGGGAAAUGUGUGACAUGUCCCGGGCUUCUCAGAUUUCAACCAAUGUCUGGCAAGGGCCAACUCCUGAUUAUCUAUUAAGACCUGGGACUUGCGAUUCUACCACUGGGGAGUAUUUUGAUCUUUUAAUCGAGGCUAGCGACUUUGCGAGCCUCCCGGGCCCUCGAUUCCUGGCGAAACUGAAUAAGCAGCUUGAUGAUGGCCCCCAGCGGCUGGAGUUCCCUUCGUCUGGGUCUAUUCUUCCGCCAUCGGGUGAUGAUAGGGAGGUGGAUGAUCUCGUGAAUACCGUGCGGUGGCUCUAUUACUUAGCAAACCCAGACGAACCAGAAAGCCGGCCGGAUGCCGACGGGGACAUUGCCAUGGGCCCUAUUCCCAAGAAGCCUCGCAAGAUACUUAUCCACUGCCCAGAUGGCUAUACAGAAAGCUCACUGCUGGUCAUUGCAUACGUGAUGUUUGCCGAGGGUGUAACGGCGCCUGACGCGUGGCUUAAACUUCACUGCGACCAGAAGCGGAACUUCUUUGCCUACCCGUCUGAUGUCACGUUUCUAAGCGCAGUACAGGCGAGGUUAUUGCACGAAAGUCCUGCGACACCAAUAGGCAGCCUCACCGGGAUCGCUGAUCCUCACUGGUUCAAGUAUUUCGAUGGUUCGCUCCCCAGUCGGAUUCUGCCAUAUAUGUAUCUCGGCAAUCUAUCACACGCAAAUAACCCAGAAAUGCUGUGGGCUCUUGGCAUCAGACGUAUUCUGAGUGUUGGCGAGUCGGUUACGUGGACCAAUUCCGACGUGGCCAAGUUCGGUGCAGAAAAUAUUAUGCACGUCACCCAGGUUCAAGACAAUGGCAUAGACCCAUUAACUCAGGAACUUGAGCGUUGUUUGGAUUUCAUCCGUGAGUAUCAGCUAUCUGUCCCGUGA